CGCGCGCUCUCCGGCUGUCUGUCUGUGAAGGCUUUCAGUCAGUGCGCGUGCUGUUGACUAUUAGACAAACUGAGGUGGAGAGAGACAGCGGACCCGCAACGAUCAUCCUGAGGAUUUGUUUUUCGCAGGAAGCUGAUUGGACCGUUACUUCUGUCACCAUCAUGCACGUAGCUGGACGCAAAAGUAUUUGCGACCUUUAAUACAGAAAAGAAGGACAGAGUGUAGUGUUUGAAGCGCAGCCAAAUAUCUUCCACCCAAAAAAGACCAAUAAUCUGUGUAUGGAGAUGGCCAGUCCUCAGACAAGUCUGAAAACCCCUUUCAAAGACCUGACGUCAUUCAAAGGCAACAUGAAGAGACUUUACAGAGAGCGACUGGAAGAUGCGCCCAUUAAAAAACGAGUAAUGGCAGAGAUGCACUUGAAACGUCGCAGUCAGGAUAGCAUCCCCAAACCUCUGAAAGUGAAGAAAGAGCGUGAGGAGCAGAGCAGCUCUGAGAUGGAUAUUGAGUUUCACAACGUUGGGCAUUCAAAGGCUUUAGAUCUCAGUGCCGGUCUCAAACACACCCUAGCUCAAUUCACUUUAAGCAGCCAGAGUUCCCUGGGUGGUCCUGCAGCCUUCUCGGCAAAAUCCGGCCAAGACCGAGCCUCUCCUGCUGGCAUGGCAACCCUACCGUCACCCCCAGUUUUGGGAGGAGGUCCGCUUUUGGUUCCCUGCGACAGCUCCACAGAGCUUACCCACUCUCUGCUGGAGGGCGAGUCCAUCUCGUGCUUUGUUGUGGGCGGUGAGAAACGUCUAUGUCUGCCCCAGGUACUCAAUUCAGUGCUGCGAGACUUCUCUCUGCAGCAGAUCAAUGCAGUCUGCGACGAACUUUACGUUUACUGCUCCCGAUGUGAUGCCGAGCAGCUACAUAUACUCAAGGUGCUGGGCAUCCUGCCCUUCAACGCACCUUCCUGCGGCCUCAUCACCCUGACCGAUGCCCAGAGGCUCUGCAAUGACCUACUUCGCCCAGGGGCCGCCCUCCCAGCUGACCCCAACAACAAGCUGCCGGGCCACGGCUUGCUGAAAGAAAGCGAGGCCAGUUUCCAGGUGGAGCAUCAGUGUCUGGGCAAGUGCCAAGGCCUGUUCGUGCCCCAGUUUUACAUUCAGCCGGACGCCCCCUGUAUUCAAUGCAUGGAAUGCCAGCUGCUCUUUUCCCCGCAGAACUUUGUAAUGCACUCACACAAGUCCCCGGACAAGAGGACCUGCCACUGGGGUUUUGAUUCAGCCAAGUGGCCCUGUUACCUUCAGCUGGGCCGCAAGCACGAAGGCGCCCCCGAGGAACCCCAACUCAAGCAACUGCUGGACGAGAUGAAAGAGAAGUUUCACUAUCAACUAAAGAGGCCUCUAGACAAAAAGGUUGUGGAUGAUGACAAUCAUGUGCGGAAAUCCAGCCCUGCCCCCUGCACCCCCAACAGCAAGAUGUCUGAUAGCGUCCUGGAGAAAAAGGGUAACUGCCAGUCUUCGCUAGCGUUCAGUCGACUGUUUCCUGAAAUCAAAGAGGAACCGGGACACGGACCCAUCAUGCACCCGAGUUACUACCUGUACACAUAUGAUAAGAUGGUGGCCCCGAACGUGUCCCUACGAAAGGAGGGGGACGUGACCCACGAGGUGCUGGGAGCCCUGCUCAAACAACACUACAGUCGAAGAACGAUCGCCUACGACAGCCAGCCCACCAUAGAUCUUCCCACGUCUCCUUCCUCCAGCGCAGAGGAGGCCAAAUCCCAACACGCAGUCGAAGCGCACGAGCGCCGCCAUCCUCCUUUGCCGGUCGCCAUGGAGACAAGCCCGGGUGGCAAGCAGCACGCCCCCGCGCCGGGCAGAGACAGCGCCAUGGAGGACGACAAGGACAGGAUCAUGUUAGAGAUCGUGCAGAUGUACCGGCGACAGCAAGAGAAGCUCAACUCCACCCUUCAGAAACAGAUGCAACUGGAGAUGGAGCUGGAGGCGGUACGCGGGGGUGAGGCGGCCAGGCUGAGGGAGUUGUCUGCGGAGCAGCUGGAGCUGCAGAGCGAGCUGGAGGCGGUGCACACCGAGCAUGCUCAGAGACUGGGGGAGGUGCGGCAGGAGCAACGGCAGCUCGAGCACCGACUGGAGCAGCUCAGACAGCAGAGCUGCGCAUGCCAGCCCAAAGAGCAGGAGGCGCAGUACAGCGCGCAGUUGUGCGAGCUGCGAUGCCGCCUUGAGCGAGCGGAGGCGGAGCGACAAGAACUGCAGGACGAGCUGCGCAGAGAGCGGGAGGCCAGAGAGAAGCUAAAGCUCAUGAUCUCACAGCUUCAGCAGCAGAUGGCUCAGUCUGGAACGAAGGGGAGACACAGCAGCAGCCCUCCCCAGCCCCCGACCCCAUCCGCCAGCCCCCAAUCCCAAUAUUCCCCAUCUUCGCCAGCCCCCGAGGUAAACUCCGGAUAAACUCUUUCCCUCGAUCAGCCCAGGAACCCGCUCGUCCACUCCCUGCAGAGUCCCCGGACAAACCCUCUGCAGAAAUGAGCGACUCCCGAAACUGUGCCGCAUAAAAAGACUCGAUGUUUGUCUUUAUUUAAACAGACUUUGUGUCUGACCCCUGACCAGUGAUUAAGCAUUUGUUUGUGUUUAUCUUUAUUUAUAACGGUGAUUGGACACAGUGGCGGUGGUUCUUUUCAGGACUCCACACCGCCUGUGGUGUUACUGAGCUUUCCCCAUCCGACUCUUUGUGCGUUGAUCGACCCCGCGGGCACUCGCUCGAAUACUACCUGUCACACGGACGCCAAACAUCCAGAGCGGCGGCGAGACAACACAAAGACGUUUACCUUUUUUUAUUUUAGUGUAUAUCAAUGCAAAAAGCAUCAGUUUAAUAAUAUUGUCUAGAAUGCUUAAGUGAUUAUAUUUCAUAAGUGAAUCAGGGCCCCUUUUCAGUCUGGCAUUGAUUAUAUGUUUCCUGUCUGUACCGCCGACCCUCGCACAGGCUGGUAUACAUGGCGCUUUCAUUCCUGUGUGAUGCAGUAAGCAAAGACUCGCAGUCGCCCUCUCCUGGAGAACAGAAUGAACGCUCAGCCCUUCGGGAUUGAAAGGGAUCCUGUAGCAUCACUCAUGGGUAGUUGAUUAUGUCUCCCAUUAACCGGGAUGUGUCAAACAAAGCACACAACACAUUAAAUCUAUCUUUUUUUAAUUUCCUAAUUUCCCAUAAUGCAUUGCUAAUUUCUUUACUUGGAAGCGCUGCAGUCUCAGAUCUUGAUCACUGUGUUCCCGGUGAAGUGGCUGUUACGCGUUGGGUGUUUUUAUCUCGCUCUGUGUCAUUAUCCCGGUUGACUGAACAAACAGGCCUGCCAAAGAGAAGGAAAACACGGGGAGGCCACGGGAGGAACGUUCAGGCUUUGUCUCUGCUUGAAUGGGGCAGCUGUCAUUGAUGCCCAGGGGCCACAUGCAGCCCCGUCUAUCUUUCAGCGCCCACCCGUACAUUGUCGUUGUCCGGCGGAAGCACGGAUAAAUGGGUAGAGAGAGAAAAAGUGACGGACGCGGGAAACAAAAUGGUUUUGGGCUUAUUGAAACUUUGGUUCACGUGUACAUAUAAUAGUUUAUAUAAAGCAUUCCACCGUGCACAGGAUUUCAAUAGCAGCCGAGCCGCAGCUAAUGUGUACAGUGCAAAACCUCUGAAGCGCACGGAGGAAAAUGUUAAGAAAAGACGCCCUGACUGAUGUGAAUACAUCCAGCAAUGAAGAGUAAAACGCAACCCAAAAUGUACUGUAAAUCUGUUAAUGUUCAACCUUUCAUGGAAUUAUUCAGAAAUUAUUUAAUGUAUUAACUAAUAAAGAUUUAUAUACACUUUGUACAUACAGUAGUCAUUAAUAUAUUAAUUAAAUUCUUAUAAAUAAUAAGUUUUCUAAAUAUAAAAUUUUGCCUAAAAGACCUAAAGGGGUUGUUGAUGUUGUGUAUGGUGGUAUGGGGAGCGGGAUGCAUGGUGCUGUCCCACUCAUUAGGGAACCAGAAAAGUGAAACGUGCUUUCCGGUGUCUUCUUCACUGGAAUUAAUAUUUUGCUGCCGUUAAGUUUUUCUGCUUCCCCAUUGUGACAGCUUUUCAAAAUCUAAACAAAUUUUGAUAUAGAAGGGAGUGAAAUGCAUGUAUUGUGAACUAUAUUGUUAUGCUAAAACACAGACUAAUUAUUGCAAAAGUGAUUUUUGUACUCUCUCUCGCACACAGAAGCUUUUAAACAGAUGUUAUAUGUAAAAAAUAUGGGAAGAGGGCAAGAAACGUGCUUGAUGGCCAAACAUACGGUGGAGUUUUGAUAUUUGAGACGAUGCGUGUCAGUAAGCAACUGUGUUUGCUGAAAAGAGUGCUUUUUUAAUGCGCAUUUUUAGUUUUUCUGUUUAAAGAUUAAGAGAUUGUAGCUUUUGUUCAGGCACUGUAAUAUAAUGCAUUACUCCAGUGUGUCAACUACAGUUUCUGUACCAUCAGUAUUAGGUUUGUUAUUUCACCACAGUUACCUCUGUAGCAGCCGGUUUCAAUGCUGUUUUUGAUAGUUUCGGGUAUCAAUUGUAUUUCUGAAGCUUUCUAGAGUAAACUUUUCAUUUGUACCAAUUUAACGAAACGUGUAAUUUGCAUUUUGUACACGGGGGGGCGCUGUCUGUCUUUUAUGUAGAAUGCUAUGGUGUAUGUGAAUUAUGGGCAUGGGAAUACAGUCCUUUAUUUAAUAGACUUUUCAAAUAACAAUCCUGAUUUUUGGGCUUUUGCAGUGUUGAGCAACCUGAGAUAAUAGAGCUAACAUUGUAUAGGUGUGAAAUAUGUAUCUGAUGAUGUGCAUAAAUAAUUCGCAAUUCUCCCAGUGUGUUUAAAAACAAAUGUCCCACAAUAGUUCACAGGGGAUAACAAAUACUGUGACUCCCUUGUGCUGAUUCUGUAAUGGGGAAUGAAGGAAAAGAAUAUGUGUUACUAUUGCAAAAAAAUAGAGAGUUUUUAUAAUGGUUGUUGUAGUAAACUUAUGACUACCUACCAGCACAGCAUGUGUCUCGUAAUCUUUAAAUCACACCUUUUAUAAUGUGUAACCGAGAGAUUGUUACUACAAAAAAAAAUCAAUUCUUUUUGAUAACUCGACACUGUUAAGAAAAUAAGUUUACGACUUUUGUAAACAGCGUAUUUUAAGUUGGGAUUCUGAAACGUGAUAUGCCGUGUUGGUGUGUAUCAUCACUUAUAUUGCCAAUCUUACCGUGUGAUUGAUGAGAGGUUUUUUGCUCUUGCAUGAAAAUGAGACGUUGCUCUCCUACCUCAUGUUGUGAUAUAAGAUGUUUUCUAAAGCAGAUGGCGCAUCUCAUGAUUGAUAUAUUUACUAGUUACAAAUACAUGUACAUGCUUUUAGCCAAUACCUCAGUUGUAUCUAGUGUUUUUGUUUAUUUCCCCGACUUCAGAUAUUGUAAAUCUUGUAUAGACAAUGAACUUGAAUUAAAUUCAAGAAAAGUUC